AUGAGGCCUUUUGCGACAGUGAGGAGUCUACAUAGAAUCAUGGAGUACCGGUACCACGGACGCCCCUGGCCAUCCACCCGGUAUCCAAUGUCCGAACUGUUGAAUGUGCUCGUGAAGAGGAUGAAUGAAGCUGCUGGUCCAUAUCAGAUGUUCUCUUUCCUCGGUGAUGUCGUCAUCAUCCUUAAAGAUACAUUUGUGCAUCUUGAGGAGUUUCCGGUGAAGCUGCUGCCGCACUUCACAAACGUGACGGGUCACAGGGGAUCCAGGUUCCUCGUCAUGAUCAAUGAAUACGGUCCGGAGUUCUCUGGUCCGGACGUGGACACGUUGCGUCGCGGCAGGGCUACCCGAGGAAGAGCCAAGGAUGCUCAUAAAUCCAACUUCUUGCAUCCUGUCUUCUAUUUCUACGACAGAUACCUUCCCAGCGAUGAAGAAAUAGCGAAUUUGGGCCAGUAUAUUUGGCCGUAUGGCCUGCCAAGGCCGAGCAAGCUCCACCACGUCGCCGAGGAUUUCCUCACCAACUGGUUGGGAUCCAUGACACACAUCCUCCCCCUGAGGAGGUUCCUCGAAGUCAUCACUGGACAGGAUCUCCGGCGUCACUUCAGCGUUCGAUGCUUCGAAGUCGCCCUCAAUUUCUCCAAUGUUCCUCAGAGCUGUCGUAACUAUCUCGACGGUCGGGGACUGCAGAUCUCCGUGCGAGAAGGAACCGAUAUCGCGAACUUCCUUUUGGGAGAAACUUCAGCAGAGAGGAGGAAAGCGGAAUGCACGGAGGAAGACAUCGACUGGGUUCCUAGUCAGGUGAACAGGACGAAAGUACUCGAAAGUCGACUAAGGCGGUACUAUGGAAACGAGGAUGGCGAUAUCUUCGCCCGUGAUCACAAAAACGACAUGGAAGAAAUAGAA